UCCUAACGCUGCCACACGCUGUCGCUGGCUGCCACUGCAAAGCAUGCCAAUUUCCUUUUUCAACACUGUCACCCAACCCAAUCAGGCUACUCCUCUCAUAAUAAACCGUGUGCUCCUCUUCAAUGACCGGUGUGGCUUUCCCAACGAAAUGAUGAGGAAUAGAAGAUAAUCAAGCUCGUCCCCUAAAACUGCUGGAUUACAGGAUAUUAAACGAUAAAAAGUUUUUUAACUGAAAGGGAUAUCACACCUGCCAACGCUUACCGGAUACCCUGGUACCUGGAAUUCGCCGCCACGUAAUUAGUUCGGACCGAAGUUUAUUUUAGUGUGAUGAUACGGAUCUCCUAUUUGACAGGGAAAGUCUGAAAUAUAUUACAGGAAAAACAUAAAUGAAAUAAGAAAUAAUUGGUGUUCGUAUAACAAGGGUCUGUAGCCUAGUCUUCGAGGGAAAGGUGCAUUCUCCCAAAAAACCUACAGUCCAGUUUUUCUAAGCACAGGACCUUCAAGUGGAUCCGUGAACAGUCAGAAUGAAAUGGGAGAAGUUUAAGCCUCCAGAGCCAGAUGAUCCCAUGUGCUGUUGUGAGUGUGAUGUAGACCCACGUGGAUGCUGCUGUGACUGUGACGAUCUGGAUGAAGCUUGCAGCAGGUGGCUAAAGGGUGAGCCUCAGAAACCUGACUGUGUGUUGCCUGUGUUUGGCGCAGUGAUGGACCGGCUGAGGGUGAGACUGUUACCAGGGGACAGGCGGGUGGAGAUCUCCAUGGUCCCAGCUCUAGUGUUGCUUCCUCUGCUAUUGCGUCUGGCAGCCCUGCACUUCCUGUUGGGCUUGGUCAUUCUGACAGCCCUGCCUGGGCUGGUGCUGUGGUACUACUACGCCACACACCGGAAGAAGGGCCGCACCCUCUUCUUCCUCAGCCUGGCGCUCUUCUCCCUAGCCUACAUGUACUUCCUCUUUGUCACAGAGAUCUUACCUCGUGGGGAUGUAAGUCACCUGCAGCUUGUGACCGUGACAACGGGUGUGGUUCUCACUCUCAUCUCCCUUGUGCGCACUAAGAGGGGGCCAGGCUUUGUGCAGCCUUCCCUGGCUGACAUACACAGCACCAAUCAAAGCCAACUGCCUGACAAACACUCUGCCUCUCAGAAUGGAGUGGACCAGUUGAUGAUGCCAGCAUCCCCAGCCAAACCAGUGGAACAGCAGACACAGUCCCUGACAGCAAAGGGGGGCACUUGUCCUCUGUGCAAAGUGGUGCGUCCCCCGCGGGCGGGACAUUGCCGGAUCUGUGGAGGCUGUGUCCAGCGCCUGGACCACCACUGUAUCUGGCCAAGAAGACGUCACCAAAGCAGACCAGGCUGUAGAGACAUGUGCAAGGCCCACAGGGGUUCACCCUUCAGCAGGGAUAAACAGCUGUGUCGGCAAGGCCAAUCAUCGCAACUUCCUGCUGACCCUGCUCCUCUUUCUGUUGACCUCUCUGUAUGGGAUCAGUCUGGUACUGCGGAGCGUGUGUCCCCGACAGAACCUUCUCACCGCCCUGCUCUACUGCCCUGGUGUCUACAAUCAGUACAGCUCAGCCCUGUGCUUUACCUGUGCUUGGUACAGCAGUAUUGUCACAGGAGGUCUGCUGCACCUGCUGAUGCUUCAAAUGAUCAAUAUCAGCUACAAUUUGACAGAGCGGGAGGCACAACUUGCUCUGCGGAAGAAAAAUGGCCAGAGUCGUCUGCGUGGCCUCGUUGUCGACACAGGGGUCUACUCACGUGGCUUCUGGCAGAACUGGGCUGAAUUCCUGACCAUGGGAGAACCUGCAGAUAGACACCCCUCUGCCCUCACUGACUUGGUUUAGCCUUGGCUUAACACCAUGCCACUCUGCCCAACUAGUUCAACACUGCUGGGUUUCAACUAGAAACGCCUUUCCUCAACCAUGCUGGUGGGCUGUGUGGGACUGUGAGCAUCUCUGAACUCUCAACUGCCCUUGGGUCACGCAAACUUAUUGCAACUCAGAGAUGUUCGUUUUUAAUCGUUAAAUAGACCUCUAUAUUCCGAACACUUAGGUAGAGACAAUAACCAUGUUCCUCCAGGUUGUCAUGGAUACGACUAUUAGUAUUAGUUAUAACAUGGUGUAAAUCUAAAGGGCUGCUCUGCAUAUUUAAUAAAGUUUUAACCUCUGACAAAUAUCUGUUUGAUUUUCCAACAGGAUGUAAAGAUUCUUAACCAUGGCAGACUAAAUAGCAAUAGAUGAAUGGACAUGCAUGACUUAGAGAACGUGUUUAUGACACUGUAAACUACAUAUUGACAUUUAGUGUACCUGACCAUAAGGUGACACAGGCGAAGAUUACUUUAAAGGGAAGAAAGCUGUGCAUGUUUUGACAGACAUGAGGAACACGUAUCCUCUCACCCACAUACUCUUUGUAGUUACAUUUUAUAUUAAGUUUGCAUGUACAGUAAAUUUCUUAUAUUACAACUAUCCUGUUCACUGUAGAAGACUAAGACUCAUUUUCCUUUGUAUCUUGUUUUAUCAUGCCAAUAAAUCAUAUCAAAUCCAA